AGCUGUAAUUCUAAUUUUUAUGUGAAACAUAUUUUACGAGUCGUUUUCCUGGAUCCAUUACAAAAUUUGUCUUUAUAAAGUUAACAAUUUUUAAGCUAACACUAAAAGAUCACUGCAAGAGAAAACAAUGAACAAGAUUCAACUAUCACUUGUGAUUGUUGCAUUGCUGCUGAUUGGCACAUUUGUUGAUGAAUCACAUGGUUGGCUUUGGCGUAGAAGGAGGAGGUCUGGUAGAAACCACAGAGUUUGUAACACGCUGUGUAGCUUUAAGUGUUACCAAAACCCAUGUCGUAAUUAUUGCUGUUCCAGCUGCACUCCAUACUGUACAGGAAAACGAAAUCAGGCUGUGGAAAUCAUCAUACCUCUGCCAUGUAAAUUUUCCGAUUGGGAUAGAGAUGGAGAUGGGAAGGUGAACAAGAUCGAAUUUGUAAGCGUGACACAUGCGCGAGGGAGAAGCAAAGAUGUGAAAUAUGUUUUCCAUUCUUCGGAUAAAAACGGUGACAAGGUCCUCUCGAAGAAAGAAUUAUUCAAUGCACCGCUUGUUUUUGAGAAAUGUUAGCUGUCACACGAUUACGUGUCACACUGGCAAACAACAUUGCAAUUAAAGAAUGUCAAGCAUAA